AUGAGCAGCUCUUUAGAUGGCACUGCCGACUGCAGUACGCCUAUCGGCGAUACAAAAUAUUUAGUAGCUCCUUUCGAGGAAGAGGUGCCAGUGGCCUGUUGCGAAUGCAUGUCUUGCAAUCUCAGCCACAGAUACAAGUACGUUCUGCCUUGGUUUUGCAUUGGGGGAUUUGUAUUACCGCUAUUUUGGUUUGCAAAUCUGUUUGUGUAUAUAAGCGUCCAAUGGGUUCCAAAUCAUGAACCGAGAUGCUGCCACCUGGAACAGUACGAACCCCCUACAAGAUACGAGGCUACGGCUGAUUUUAGGAGGAGGUACUUCGAAGUGGACUCAAAGACUGUGGAGUACAUAGAGCAAGUGAAUGGAGCGCAAGACACGGCAUCCGAAAUAGAUUACGGCGACUCUGAGGGCUCUGUCGAGUGCAUCAAUUUCACUCAAGAGGGCGGACCUUCCAUAUCUGAUAAGACUCUCCAUCUCACACAGGUUGCAGCAGAGACAUUGAAAGAGCACGACUAUAUGAGAACACUGUACAAAAGGUGGACUGGUUUAGCUGUAUUAGGCACAACUUUAUACGCAAUCGCUAUUCCCUUGAUCGCGAAAGUUUCAAUGCACAGAUAG